GGGUUAUUUGGAAAUAACCACAGGCUGGUUUUCAUAUACCGUCAAUACCGUUGAAACUAUUUAUUUGAAGUUUUUCAAUUCAUUUUAAUAUGUUGUAGCAAAUGUACAUAAAUACCUGCAGUCAACUGGUGCAAUACGUUAGGAGAUAAAGAAGAUUCUGUUCUUCAUUUCUCCUGUCACAUAAUUUAAAAUGAUGAAUCUUACCGUAGUUCCCCAGAUCAGCAGCCAGUCAGGUGUUGGUUGUAAAGAGCACAACAGGACUAAGCUGGUGAGUCCAUAGUGUUGUGUGAUGCUCCUGAGGUGAUAAAGUUAGUUGUAUGCAUUUCACUACUAAGUGUUUGCCAUCAGAUAUCUUGUAACUGUCUAAGAUGUGCUAUACUCUACAGCUGGGUAUUUGGUUACUUGUUAGUUAGCUGAGUAAGUGUCUGAAUUAAUAAGGAGAUGGGGUGUUGGCUUUCUGACGUGUUUGAGAAGUCAGAGCUCUAGAUAAGGUAUCUCUACAGCUGCCACUUUGUUUCCCCACUAGUGUUUUUUUCAUCCUCUGAUCUUCUCCCCCUCUGCUCCAUGUACACAGGCUGCUCUUCCUUCUCCCCCUCUGCUCCAUGUACACAGGCUGCUCUUCCUUCUCCCCCUCUGCUCCAAUGUACACAGGCUGCUCUUCCUUCUCCCCCUCUGCUCCAUGUACACAGGCUGCUCUUCCUUCUCCCCUCUGCUCCAUGUACACAGGCUGCUCUUCCUUCUCCCCCUCUGCUCCAUGUACACAGGCUGCUCUUCCUUCUCCCCCUCUGCUCCAUGUACACAGGCUGCUCUUCCUUCUCCCCCUCUGCUCCAUGUACACAGGCUGCUCUUCCUUCUCCCCCUCUGCUCCAAUGUACACAGGCUGCUCUUCCUUCUCCCCCUCUGCUCCAAUGUACACAGGCUGCUCUUCCUUCUCCCCCUCUGCUCCAAUGUACACAGGCUGCUCUUCCUUCUCCCCCCUCUGCUCCAUGUACACAGGCUGCUCUUCCUUCUCCCCCUCUGCUCCAAUGUACACAGGCUGCUCUUCCUUCUCCCCCUCUGCUCCAAUGUACACAGGCUGCUCUUCCUUCUCCCCCUCUGCUCCAAUGUACACAGGCUGCUCUUCCUUCUCCCCCUCUGCUCCAAUGUACACAGGCUGCUCUUCCUUCUCCCCCUCUGCUCCAUGUACACAGGCUGCUCUUCCUUCUCCCCCUCUGCUCCAUGUACACAGGCUGCUCUUCCUUCUCCCCCUCUGCUCCAAUGUACACAGGCUGCUCCUCCUUCUCCCCCUCUGCUCCAAUGUACACAGGCUGCUCCUCCUUCUCCCCCUCUGCUCCAAUGUACACAGGCUGCUCUUCCUUCUGCUCCAAUGUACACAGGCUGCUCUUCCUUCUCCCCCUCUGCUCCAAUGUACACAGGCUGCUCUUCCUUCAGACAAGCAUGCAUCACAACUUUGUUCAUUUCUCUCGUUCAAUUUAGCUUUUCAAUGUCCACUCACACCGAAAAUGGCUACUAGCUGUACUUCUAUAACUUUACGAGCUGAAUUUGCCUAUAACUUUACGAGCUGAAUUUGCCUGUCUUUCGAAUUGGUUUGUGCAUUUAGCUAAAAGCGUCUAUGUGUCUUGUGUUCUAUGCUGGUAAUACUGUAAAUCCUGGGAUGGCAGAAGAAUGGUAUGAACAUCUGGAUACCGCCCAAGUCUAGUGGUUGUAUGUUAUUAACAUACGAGAAAGAAUGGGAAUCCUGUGUGACUUUCUAGUUACAGGGAAGAGGUGGAAUCAGUGUUUUGUAUCCGUGGUAAAAGUACCUUGCGCUCAUCACUUCCUGUUGUGUAUUCAUUGGUGUGACUGGCAGAGCAGUGUUCUAUGAUCUGGUGGGACUGACAGGGCAGUCAUUGGUGUGACUGGCAGGACAGUCAUGGUGGGACUGACAGGGCAGUCAUGGUGGGACUGACAGAGCAGUGUUCUAUGAUCUGGUGGGACUGACAGGGCAGUCAUGGUGGGACUGACAGGACAGUCAUGGUGGGACUGACAGGACAGUCAUGGUGGGACUGACAGAGCAGUGUUCUAUGAUCUGGUGGGACUGACAGGGCAGUCAUGGUGGGACUGACAGGGCAGUCAUGGUGGGACUGACAGGACAGUCAUGGUGGGACUGACAGGGCAGUCAUGGUGGGACUGACAGGGCAGUCAUGGUGGGACUGACAGGACAGUCAUGGUGGGACUGACAGGGCAGUCAUGGUGGGACUGACAGGGCAGUCAUGGUGUAGAGAGUGUACAAUUCUAAUAAGAGCUCUGUGUCUGCUUCAGUGUCUCUGCCAAACAACACACACUGGAAUGAGACGGCCCUGUCCCUCUGAGCCAAUGGUGCUGUUGCUCUCUCUCUUCUCUCGCUCACGCGCUCUCUGUUCCUCGUUCUGAUUGGCUAUGCCCUAGAUGAGAUCAGGGCAGCAGAUGGACAGGUGUGUGUGUGUGCUUGGGUGAACGUGCUCAUAUGAACAGCUGUGUGUUUAACUCAGUGUAAUAGUCGGGUGAAUGUUUCUCCACAUGCCCUUUUUCUUGAUGUUUCUUCCAUAUGAGCGGCACAGAGACGUGUGUGUGUGUG